GAGGUCAGGAGUUCGAGUCCAGCCUGAUCAACAUGGCGAAACCCCGUCUCUACUAAAAAAACAUAAAAAUUAGCCGGACCUGGUGGCGCCCGCCUGUAGUCCCAGCUACUCAGGAGGCUAAGGAAGGAGAAUCGCUUGAACUCGGGAGGCGGAGGUUGCAGUGAGCCGAGAUCUCGCCGCUGCACUCCAGCCUGGGCGACAGAGCCAGACUCCGUCUCAAAAAAAAAAAGAAGAAAAGAAAAAGAAAGAAAGAAAAAGGAAGGAAGGAAGGAGAGAAGAAAAGGAAAGGGGGAAGGGAAGGAGGAAGGGAAGGAGGAAGGGAAGGAAAAGAAAGAAGCGUAUUUAGGCAGUAUCGCGUUGAUUUCAGUCCACGGAACCUCUGGUAACCGGGUAGCGUGACUCCGUCAUUGGUAGCCCCCCGCCCACACAGCCGGGACUCGCGGCCUUUGAGGACGUGGGCAGGGCCAGUCUCGCCACGCCGCGGCCAAUGCCCCAACCACACGCUGGCCACAGGAGUCCUGGCUCCCAUUGGCUGCAGCGGGAAAUGGUGAACCAAUGCUCAUAGACCUUAACGCCCUCCUCUCGGGAUCACUUCCGCCUCUGGGGUCAGGCUCCGCCCAGCUUGCCCGGCAUCACUCGCGGCAUUGGAGUCAAGAUGGAGGAGUACGCGCGAGAGCCUUGCCCAUGGCGAAUUGUGGAUGACUGUGGUGGAGCCUUUACGAUGGGUACCAUUGGUGGUGGUAUCUUUCAAGCAAUCAAAGGUUUUCGCAAUUCUCCAGUGGGAGUAAACCACAGACUACGAGGGAGUUUGACAGCUAUUAAAACCAGGGCUCCACAGUUAGGAGGUAGCUUUGCAGUUUGGGGAGGGCUGUUUUCCAUGAUUGACUGUAGUAUGGUUCAAGUCAGAGGAAAGGAAGAUCCCUGGAACUCCAUCACAAGUGGUGCCUUAACGGGAGCCAUACUGGCAGCAAGAAAUGGACCAGUGGCCAUGGUUGGGUCAGCCGCAAUGGGUGGCAUUCUCCUAGCUUUAAUUGAAGGAGCUGGUAUCUUGUUGACAAGAUUUGCCUCUGCACAGUUUCCCAAUGGUCCUCAGUUUGCAGAAGACCCCUCCCAGUUGCCUCCAACUCAGUUACCUUCCUCACCUUUUGGAGACUAUCGACAAUAUCAGUAGGACUUCUUUCCUAGGAUUUCUUUAACAGAACGAGUUGUAGUUCGAGAAGGAUUUCAGAAGAUCAAGUUACAGUCUGUUUUUAAAACCAUAGGUGGGACAGCUAUGGCCAAUAGGCUAUAAAGAGACAUUUAGCACUUUUUUCUAUUUAAAGGAACAAGCGGGGAAGGGUGCUAAAAGAUAAUACGUUUAUUUAUUCACACUUGAAUUGCAUUUGUGAUCAAAAUAAAUGUUUAAAUCGCUAAAGGAAAAUACAGUAAGUGCUUGAAAGAUGAAGGACCAAAGGGCCAAAAAACAGUGAAAUAUGAUCAUCAUCUCCUUGCGGACUUCUCUGCCUGGUUUUGUGUGUUCUGUUACUCAAACAAUAAAAAGCUGGUGGAACUUACUCUUUCUUUUAAGAUAAGUUGUAGACUUCGACGUUUCAUGCUCAUGUACUUCAAAUAAUGCAUGUUUUAUAGUUAGUCCCUCAUCACUUGAAGUGACUUCUGAGAAUUAUGCAGAGUCAACAUGGAUCAUUUCACAGUGAGAUGCUUUAUGGAUUGAAGGAUAUGGUAAAAUGUUUGUAGUUUACUUUGAAAGUAAAAUAUACUAUGUCUUGGUUUUGAGGAUAUUGGAUACAAAACUCUCUUCCUUUAGGGCUACUGAGUCUUGAUUCCUGAUCAUCAGAAAUUUCACCAGAAACAACUUGCUUCCAAUAUACCCAAUUCUAUAUGAAGAAUUCAUGGAGAGUGUACUGGCACUGGAAGAGUUUAGUGUUUCUUGUAUGCUUGAAAAUAAAGUAUGUACUGUUUUGAAUGUG